CAAAAUGAUAGGGUGGGAAGACGUAUACAAAGUGGUGGUAGCCAUGGCUCCUCUCUACUUUGCACUAAUCUUAGGAUACGGCUCAGUGAAAUGGUGGAAAAUCCUCAAACCUGAGCAGUGCGAGGCCAUAAACCGCCUGGUCUGUUUCUUCACACUGCCCUUGUUCACCGUCGAGUUCACAGCCCACAUCGAUCCCUUCCAAAUGAACUAUCUCUUCAUCGGAGCCGACGCCGUUUCAAAGCUCAUAAUCUUAGUGGUGCUUGCCUGCUGGGCAAAGUGUAGCAGCAAAGGGAGCUGUAGCUGGUUUAUAACGAGCUUCUCUUUGUGCACUUUGGCGAAUACGCUGGUCGUUGGGGUGCCUUUGAUGAAGGCCAUGUAUGGGCAGAUGGCGGUGGACCUUGUGGUGCAAUCGUCGGUGGUUCAAGGCAUUUUUUGGCAGACGUUUUUGCUGUUUGUGUUGGAGUUUCAGAGGACUUGCACAGGAACUUUAACUGCUCCAAAUUCAAGCAUUGAAGAGGGGAGCUUGAGGGAUGAAACUAGUAGCAGCAGCAGGCCUUCUUUUUGGUUCUUGAUGAAGGUGGUGUGGCUGAAACUGGCCAUGAACCCUAAUGCUUAUGCCUGUAUCGUUGGCAUUGCUUGGGCUUUUGUAGCCAACAGGUGGAAUUUUGAGAUGCCAAGCAUCAUGGAAGGAUCGAUUCUGAUCAUGUCUAGAGCUGGAACAGGCACUGCCAUGUUUAGUAUGGGGAUCUUCAUGGCUUUGCAAGAGAAGUUGAUAGCUUGUGGCGUUGGCUUGAGUGUAUUUGGGAUGGUUUUAAGGUUCAUAGCUGGACCAGCGGCCAUGGCAAUUGGUGCUAUUGCCGUGGGUUUGCAUGGUGAUGUUUUACGUGUUGCUAUUAUUCAGGCUGCACUGCCACAAUCUAUUGCAUCUUUUGUCUUUGCUAAAGAAUAUGGCCUCCAUGCAGAUGUGCUUAGCACUGCGGUGAUCUUUGGCAUGAUGGUUUCACUUCCGGUGUUGAUCGGAUAUUAUGCAAUUCUAGGGUUACAUUUUAUGUAAUUCUAGAGUUACAUUAAAAACUGAAUUAGAAUUUUUAAGAGAAUUAACAAGGGGACAGAAAAUAAUAUGCUGCCUUGAUCCUCGCAUUAAUAUUUUUAAAUUAUAUUUAUUAUUAUCAUUA